CUAACCUUUUUCAAACCUGUUCUGAGCCAUGUUUUCCUCGGGACCAAACACCUAGUGUGCAACUCUAUUGUCUGGGCCUAGUAAAUAGUCGAACUGUAUUUGCAUAACAAUGGAAUUCAAUCUAAAGGAAGCAUGAGGUUGAUGUGCUCAGUGUCAUAGGGGCAGAUAGAUAGAACAGUUUGUGCUGACAUGAUAACUCACGUGAUUUUAAUAACAAUGCUCUGUCCUUUUUCUCCGACACAUAAAAGGCUCUGGGAUGAGGACAGGCCUGUCCUGUUGACCUCCACAGUCAUGAUGGGUAAGAUCAUCUUCUACGAGGGCAGGAAUUUUGAGGGACGCCACUAUGAGUGCAGUGGUGACUGCGCUGACAUGCACUCCCACUUCUCCCGGUGUAACUCCAUCCGGGUGGACAGCGGGUGCUGGGUGGCCUAUGAGAAGCCUAACUAUUCUGGGUACCAGUACAUGCUGACAAGGGGGAAGUACCCUGACCACCAUCGCUGGUCCGGCUUCAACGACUGCAUCCGCUCCUGUCGCAUAAUCCCUGCUUACAAUGGAAACUACAGGAUGAAGAUCUUUGAGAGAUCAGACUUUGGGGGCAAGAUGAUGGAGCUGAGCGACGACUGCCCCAACCUGCAGGACCGCUUCCACCUGAGAGACAUUUCCUCCUGCAAUGUUAUGGAGGGCUACUGGAUCCUCCACGAGCACCCAAACUACAGGGGCCGUCAGUACUUCCUGCGCCCUGGCGAGUACAACAAGCACAGCGACUGGGGCAGCAUGAGCUCCACCAUCGGCUCGGUGCGUCGCGUCACAGAGCUGAAGCAAAACAACCAAUAAAGCUGUCUACUAGAGUGCUCUCUCUAGCCAGGCUAGAUCUCUCUGACAGCCUUCAGAAGUCUAUACAUAUGUACAGCGGAUGACAAGAUGAGUCCAUCUCCACAUAUGGUUGAUAACAGGAAAUAAGGAGAUUAUCCUUUAGUAAUUGGACCACUUAAUACAAAUAUGGCUGGGCUGAAGAAAGCAGUGGCUUGGUAUCCUGGUGUAAUUUGUAUAUGAGCAUUUAAAGGGCUUUAUGCAGACAGAUGUCACUUCAUACACACCCUCCCCUCACAUUGAAUAAUAAACCAGUGGACUGUAGGAACAGUAUAUUUAAUUGUGUCACUAAUGCAGCAUGCAGCAGCAAAGACAGUUGCACAUUCUUCCAACUGAGCCUGCUUACAAUUGUUUUUUAACAUUAUUCUGACCUAUAUCAAAACACAUGAACUUCAUGUGUCUAUGGCAAAGUAACUUUGUUAACUUGUCAAUGUAGCACUGUUUAGAAUAUAACACAAUAAUGGCAGUUGAUGUUUGAAGUGUGAGGCAAUUCAAUGUUGGUGUUUUUGAUGUUCACUACAAGUAAAUCAAGUUAGAGCAAUCAGAUAUCACAAUCAAAUAAUUAUUAAUAUCAACAAAUAAACCAAAUAUAUCUGUAAAUCAAAUAUAUCUGUGAUUGUGAAACAAACAUGAUAGAGAACAUCAAGUACCAAACUGUACAUCAUACUUAUUAUUCAAAGCAUCUGUGGCAUAAGGACACAAAGAUAACACAAACCUUCACUAUGGACCUGUACGGACACCAAAUGUGACCAUAAACAUGAAAAACAGAAGCGGAUAAAAGUUUAUAUAUAUUUUUUAAAAAAUGGUAAGUCACAAAUCAAUUAGGGCCAGUUACCAAUCAGGAUUACAAAUAAUUUUACCAUAUAAACAUUUAUUAGUGGAGGAUGGGGGCACAAAUUGUACAAAACAUACUGUCAAGACCCUGUGCAUCACCCACUGUAGUGCAAAGGAUUGUCAUCAGACACUCACAACAAAUGGAUGGAAAUAUACACGCAACAUGUCAACUGUUGGUCCCAUGUUUCAUGAGCUGAAAUAAAGAUUCCCAGAAAUCUUGCAUUCGCAGAAAAAGCUGUCUCAAGUUGCAAUUGGAAUGUCCACCAGAGCUGUUGCCAGAGAAUUGAAUGUUCAUCUCUCUACAAUAAGCUGUCUCCAACAUAAUUUUAGAGAAUUUGGCAGUACGUGUACCGGCCUCACAACGUGUAAUCACGCCAGCCUAGGACCUCCACAUCCGGCUUCUUCAACUGCGGGAUCGUCUGAGACCAGUCACCCGGACAGCUGAUGAA